GACACGAGGCGCAGUGACCACACUCACAGUUUGGAACAUGAACUGCUGCAGCUGUCUAAAAUACACAAGUUUACCAUGUCGUAGCGACAGCAGAGCGAGUCAUUCACUGGAAUAAGCAUACAGAUUUAUUUAUGUGACUACAGACAAAUACAAUGGAUACCACUUUGGACCCCCUUUCAACAUCUCUUCUCUACGACGAGGAAGAUGGUAACCAAACCUCCACCAAUCUAUUCGAGCAGCCGUACUGGCAGGUGGCACUAUGGGCGAUUGCAUACUCUUUAAUCGUAAUUGUGUCCAUCAUUGGCAAUGUCACUGUUAUUUGGAUCAUUCUGGCACAUAAACGCAUGAGGACAGUGACCAACUACUUCAUUGUAAACCUCGCCUUUUCUGAUGCAUCUAUGGCAACUUUUAACACCGUCUUUAAUUUCGUGUAUGCUUUGCACAAUGACUGGUAUUUUGGUUUGGGAUACUGUAAAUUUCAAAACUUCUUCCCAGUAACAGCAAUGUUCUCAAGCAUUUAUUCAAUGGCGGCUAUUGCUGUUGACAGAUACAUGGCUAUAAUCCACCCUCUGAAGCUCAGGCUCUCCUCCACUACUACUAAAGUUCUGAUCGGGGUCAUCUGGACCGUGGCUUUUUCACUGGCCUUUCCUCAGUGUUAUUACGCCAGCACCAAGUUCUACUUCCCUCGGACUGUUUGUAUGGUGGAAUGGCCUGACGAUUAUGGAGGGAAACAUCAGCUCUCGUAUCAGAUUGCUGUGAUUAUCCUGAUCUACUUGCUCCCUCUGCUGGUGAUGUUGGUGACCUACAGCCUGGUGGGACGGAGGCUGUGGGGCAGCGAGAUCCCUGGAGAAGCAUCAGACCACUACCAGAACCAGAUGCAGGCGAAACGCAAGGUUGUGAAGAUGAUGAUGGUGGUGGUGACAACCUUUGCAAUAUGUUGGCUUCCCUACCACAUCUACUUCAUCCUGGGGAGCUUCAACAGAGACAUAUACAAGCAGCACUACAUCCAGCAGGUCUAUUUGUCCAUCUUCUGGCUGGCCAUGAGUUCCACUAUGUACAACCCCAUAAUUUACUGCUGUCUAAACCAAAGAUUCCGCUCAGGUUUUCGCAAAGCGUUCCAGUGGUGCCCCCUCGUCAAGAUUUCUGAGGAGGACAACAUGGAGCUGCAGCACAUGAGAACCUUCUACAUGAGACGCAGUUAUCGCACUGAUACCACCAGCAUGGUGGUCCGUAAUCAUAUCAGUGAACCAGGAGACACCACAUCCAAACGAAUCAAAGCCUGAAUUCUACAACACUUCAGUCAGUGAUGAGGGUGAAAAACAUCCCUGUUGGCGAUUAUUAAAAUCGAGCACGACCAUACUUGCACUUAAUACCUCACAACAGAAUUAGAUUUUCCCUCUUAUUGUUCUAUAUUGUGGAUUCAGUGGGCUUUACAGGUGGAGUAUUCAUCUACUCC